AGUGCUUCCGGUAGGUAACCGGCAAACUGAAACGUAACUGGUUGCACGGUGGAUAAAGUCAGUUUAUAGCGAGAUAUAGUCAUGGGAAAACUAUACUGUUGUGCAACAAAUUGCCAUAACUAUAGUGACAAAAGCGUAAAUGACAAUACUGUGACUUUACAUAGGUUUCCUGUAAAUAGAAGACACAAAUCUAUAUGGCAAUGCCGUGUCAGUCGCAAACAAUGGAAGCCAACAAGUUGUUCAAGGCUUUGUUCAGAGCAUUUCAUAACGAAGCGAGGUCCAACAAAAGAUCACCCAUUGCCUUCAAUAUUUGAUCACAAGAUAUUUAAGACCACAAACUUUGAUUCAUCUUUUAAAGAAUUUGAGGAAAACAAUGAUUGUACUAGUACUGAAGAUGAAACAGAUCGUGAUAUCAUUUGUGAUGGAAAUGAAGAGGCAAAUAAUGGCAUAGCUGAUGAUCCAAGUAAACAUUUUUUCACUGUUGACAGUCCUUCUACUAUUAAUACUUCUGUUAGAUUGAACGAUUACUGUGGUUAUAUUGAUCCAUCACAUAUCAGCUCUAAACUUAAUCAGGAAACACAAUGCGGAAAAACAUGUACUGGAACUUUAAAUGACUUUAGUUCACAGACUGAUACUUUAACAACAGAAAAAGAAAACCAACCUUAUACUGUAUACCCUAUCACAGAUGCUGAAGUAAAUGCCACACUGCCAUUUUUAACUAUUGACGAUAUCAGUAGUGAGGAAGUUACAUUUUAUACAGGUUUACCUAAUAAGCCGACAUUUUAUUUAUUGUAUGAACAUAUUAUGUCAAAUAUAAAAAUUGUUGAGCCAGAGACUGGAGGCAGACCUCAAAAACUUAGAGGUGUGGAUGAAUUAUUUAUGGUUCUAAUGCGGUUGCGUCUGGGUUUACUUAAUCAGGACUUGGCACGUCGUUUUAAAAUUUCUGUUUCUACUUGUAGUAAAAUAUUUAACAAAUGGAUUGAUUUAAUGUAUGAACAUUUACAUUUUCUUGUUGCCUGGCCUGAUAGAGAAACUGUCAAAUGUAAUAUGCCUGACAGUUUUAAAAGGAGGUAUCCAAAUUGUCGUGUAAUUAUAGAUUGUACUGAAAUAUUCACAGAAACGCCACAGUCAUUAUCUAAUAAAGGAAGAAUGUACUCUGACUACAAGUCACAUAUGACAUGGAAAGUUUUAAUAGGAAUAAGCCCGAAUGGUGUGAUUACUCAUGUGUCUGACCUUUGGUCAGGUAGUAUAUCAGAUAAACAAAUAACAAAAUCCAGUGGUCUUAUUAACAAGUGUGAUCCAGGCGAUGCAAUAAUGGGGGAUAAAGGAUUUCUUAUAUCUGAUAUGUGUACUCCGAAAGGAAUUUAUCUCAUAGUACCACCAACCAAAAAAAAUGGUAAAUUGACAAAACAUGAAGUUGAAAAAACGAGGAGGAUAGCUAAUCUUAGAAUACAUGUUGAGCGUGCCAUGGAAAGAAUUAAAAACUUCCGUAUAAUACAAGGAGUAAUGCCAAUUUCCAUGUCAGAAAAAGUUUCAAAGAUUGUAUUUAUUGUUUGUGCUCUUUGCAAUAUGCUACCACCUCUUAUUCAACAAUAAGUUAUAAUUGUUUUACUUGUAAAUACUUGUCACAUGACUGUUUUCACUUUGUCCUUCUGUCAGUAAACAAUUUUCAAAUACACAAAAACUCCAAAAAGAAGUACAUUGUAUAAACAAAUGUUUAUUUAUGACCCCAAAUGAAACUUUGGAUGUUCUACCUUCUAUUUUGAUAUGCAUAUUAAUUUGUGAAAAGGGAGCUACUUUCAGUAAAUAAAAGGCCUAUUUUUUGCAUGUUUUGGUUAAAAAUUAAAAUGUUGAUGAAUAUUUCUUUGUAAAUACACAACCAACUUCAAAAUAUGGAUGAAAUUCUCUUAAAUUGUACAUGUAUCUAUUGAUUUUGCAGUUAUAUACAUGUAUACAUGUAUAAAGUACAUUUAAUUUAUCUAGUUCUAUGAUUUUAAGAAAUGUUUACUUGUAGAUACUGUUUACAUAUAUGUAUUAUUAGCAUGAUAUACAAGG